GAACCCAGAGUCACCGAACUGUGACUGCCGAAGAGGAGAACCGGAGUGAAGGAUGGUCUUGGUUCAGAGCUGCAGCAGAAGGAACAUGGCUGCAGUUUUGCCAGGGUUUGGAAGCUCCGGAAAGAGCUUUCUGAUCGACAACCUUUUGAAAUCGCAAAGUCCUCCUGUCCAUCCGGAGGGAACAGCAUGCGGACACCUCAGACAAGCAGCAUGUGAACGCCCCAGGAGACCCUGGGGCCAGGAGCGUGGAGCCCAUCACAGCCUGAGUCCUCCACAGGGAAAAAUCAUGGGCGGUCCACUUCUGUCUUGCUCAGACGUGCUGGGCAGCGUUUUCCUGCAGAGCCCGCCGUACCUGCUGGCAUGCUGCGGUGGGUCCGGCCCCGCUCCCGUCUUCCCCAAAGGAGGAAAUGUUCAAAUGUGGUCGUCGAAUUCAAACCCUAAAUCCCGCAGAGGGAUCCUCCGGAGGGCUGUUUUCUCCGAAGAACAAAGAAAGGAACUGGAGAAAACCUUUCGGAGGCAAAAGUACAUCAGCAAAAUGGACAGGAACAAACUGGCAGCUGAUCUUAGCCUGAAGGAAUCACAGGUGAAGAUCUGGUUCCAGAACCGUCGUAUGAAAUGGAGAAACCACAAGGAGAGAGAGGUUCACAGCAUUCGCUCACCGAUGGAUGAGCUGUUGGCCAGAAGUCGUCCUCAAGACCAAGUCCAAACGUCCCACAAUCACGCUGACAUGAAAAGAGACAGCUCAGCGCCACAGAAGAGCACCAGAGACACAUGAACGAGCUGAUGCUGGUCAAGUGACUUUCUCAUGUCUGCAAAAUUCUCUACAAGAACUUGAAUGCUGACGGAACACGCAAAGUUGUACAGGCUAACACUGAAAAUGCACCUAGAGGUCAAAUGAGCUACAGAUACAAUUACAUAAAAUUAUGAAAAUCCAUUCUAGAAACAUUUUUCUAAUUCUUUUUGUAAGCCAGUUACAUGUAGGUAAUAUUUUCCUCAACGUCUUCAACGGAUGGAUAAGUUUUAAAUUAAAUGUUUUAUUACAUCGUCACAUUGUAAAUAACACGAUAUAUUUUCUACUACACCAUGUUAUUAUGGAGUAAUGUUAACUGAAGUAUACAGGUAAUGGUGAGUCGUCCACCUCUUUAACAAUGUUAAUACUUUCCUCUGUAUUUUAUCAUAAAAAAAAAUCAUGAAUGCAUGGAAAAAUUUGGAGUAAAUUGCUGUUAAAGUGUGCGCUGUGUUUUAUAAAAGACACAAAAUGUACAUUUGGGUCAUGAUAACAGCAUGCUCGCAAGAGCCUAAUGUUUCAAUCAUAAUCCAAAAAUAUUAAUACGUGAGAAAACUAAGGGAAUGUUUGAGAAAACGCUUAAGUAAAAAGGUUUCACAAAACAGUUUAAUAUUUACAAAUCAGGACAUUUCUUCCAUCAGGGUUCAAAUAAUUCAUAAAUCACCCAUGUUAAUGUUAUUACGAUUUGUUGUACUGUUUGCAAUAAUGCUGCUGGCACUACUCACCCCCAACUCUAAUGUCGGGAGUGGUAGUGCCCCCAACAUUUGAAUUUAAGUAGAUGAUUUAGGCUACUAACGUGAAGUGCAAACUAAUUAUAAAUAAAUG